AUGUUCUGGCGAUUUGGCGGUUACGCCAACAUAUCCACCAUCGAUACGAUCCUCGAGAAGCCCGACUUCACCGUUGAAGACUUGCUCGAUGAGAGCGACCUUAUCCAAGAGCUCAAGCAGCACAACACAAAACUUAUUGAAUACCUCCGAGAGGAUAAGGUCCUCAAGACGCUGCUCGAAUAUGUCGUUGCACCAAAACUAGAGCCCGUUGCCACCCCCGAAGCCGACGACACCACCGACGAAACCAAAGGCAAGGCCCGGCUGCUUCCCUUCUCAAGACCCCGCGCAUCUUCGAGGGCCACAGAUACCGACAAUGAAGAGGAGGAGCAAGAAAAGAAGCGCAAUCGGUAUGCCUACGUGGCCGCCGAAGUGCUAUCGUCCGACACCUGGUCCAUCUACGAGGCUCUCAUGGAGAACCUGCCCUUGAUCCGCGAGUUCUGGCAGUUUCUAAAGCGUCCCACGCCCCUCGACCCUCUCCAGGCCAGCUACUUCACCAAAGUUAACGAGGCGCUAUUCGACAAAAAGACGGAGGAAAUGGUCGUUCUGCUCAAGUCCCUUCCGGAUGCUGUCUCAGACUUGCUGCGUCACGUCGAGUGUCCCAUGAUCAUGGACCUGCUUCUGAAAAUCAUUGCUCUGGAUCGCACCGAGGGUGGCCAGGGUGUCGUUGAGUGGCUCUACUCUCAGGAUGUCGUCCCGACCCUGCUUACUUGCCUCAGCCCCGAGCACAGCUGGGUGGUCCAGACGGCCGCUGGCGAUUUUAUCAAGGCAAUCAUUACCAUCUCCGCAAAUGCGUCGCAAAACGAGCAGCAAUGCAUUGGCCCGAACGAGCUCACGCGGCAACUUGUAUCGCAACCAUGCGUUGAGCAGCUAAUUAAGUAUAUGCUAGGUGGUGGAAACCCGCUUACCGUUGGCGUUGGCAUCAUCAUUGAGGUCAUUCGCAAGAACAACUCCGAUUACGACCCUGACGUAGGCUCCGAAUCCAACUCUCUGCCUUCCAGUAGAGAUCCUAUUUAUCUGGGAACUCUUCUACGUCUGUUUGCGCAGCACGUGCCUGAUUUCGUCAACCUCAUCAUGAACACACCUGUGCAGAAGCAGCGUUUGGAGUCUACAUUUGGCGAGAAGAUUGAGCCUCUUGGUUUCGAUCGCUUCAAAACUUGCGAGUUAAUGGCAGAAUUGCUGCACUGCAGCAAUAUGGGCUUGCUCAACGAAGUCGGCUCCGAGGACCUGAUUGCAUCACGGGACGCCGAGCGUGAGCGCCUCAGGACCGAAGGAAAGCUUUCACCCAACCGCGGUGAGGACGCGCCGUCAACGGACGACUUGACAAUGCGCAUUGGACACUCUUCUCCCGAGGAGGGCCGCCGACUGGAGGUCACCAAUAUUUCGGAUGAUGACGGAUUCGAAGAGGUUGAACCAAGCCGCGAGAUGAAUGAGGAUACCUCCCACGAGUUUGUCAAGGCCGAGGAGGAGAUUCCCGUCGCAGCGCCAGCUUCUUCCUUCUUGGACAGGGACGAGGAUGACUUUGUGGACGAACCCCUGAGCUCCCCUAGACUGAACGUCGCGGACGAUAAGAUCAAGGAGCAACGGUUCGAUGAUCCAGAUCUGAUUGUUGCACCUCUUUCGCCGACCAAAAAGCCUACUUCGGACGAGGACCUUGCUGCGGCCGCGGAGUCCAAAACUGAUCAGACAGACAAGCCGAAAGACGCAGAAGCCAAGACUGAGGCGUCAGCCUCUAAAGAAAAGACCACAGAGGCCGGUGACUCCAAGGCGGAUGUCAAGGCGGAUGUCAAGGCGGAGAAGACUGCCGAGGACGCCACUACUGUGAAGGUGGAAGAGCUGUCUUUGGAUGACAAGGCCGACCAGAGUGCUCUCUCUGAAGAAUCCAGCCAGAAGGGCGACGAGUCUGAUUCGUCCGUCGUUUACACCCCAAGUGCGACCGAAUCGGAAGCCAAGACCGAGCCUGCUGAGGCUGCCCCAGCCGCCGCUGAUGUUCCCAAGUUUACGGCGCAUCCUGAAGAUGUUCCUGCACCACUUUUUGCCAAGUCUGGCGCCGCCUCAGAAUCACAAGACUCGAAGAGUGAGGACAAGGAAAUUGAUCCGGCAACCGUACCAGUUCCUGAGGCCCCAGUGGCUCCUCCAGUUCCAGAAGUUCCCGAGGCUCCCGUACCUCCCGGAGCCGGAGAACAGCCGCCUGCAGUGCCUGAGCGACCUGACCCUAACACCGUGAAGCCGGUAGUCGGUGACUACCUCAAGAUGCAGUUUGUGGAAUACCGUGUUGUACCCACGAUUUUGUCCUUCUUUUUCGCCUACCCGUGGAACAACUUUCUCCAUAACGUGGUAUAUGACAUCGUUCAGCAGGUCUUCAAUGGCCCGAUGGACAGGGGCUACAACCCGACUCUGGCUGUGUCAUUGUUCGAGGCUGCAGACGUCACGACUGCCAUUAUCAACGGCCAGCUUGCUAGCGACGAGUCGCAGGCCAAGAUGAAGACCCGCAUGGGCUACAUGGGUCACUUGACUCUGAUCGCUGAAGAGGUGGUCAAGUUCACUGAACGACACCCGCCCGAGCUUCUGUCGGAGACGGUUCUGGAGCGUGUUAUGGACCCUAGAUGGAUUAGCUAUGUUGAGGGUGCGCUUGCGGAGACUCGAGAGCGUGAUAACGCCAUUCUCGGUGGUGUCCGGCCCGAGGUAGCGCUUGGCAACCGAGCGGGCAUGUCUGGCAAUGGGCUCGCCGCAGUUGGCCUUUCUGGCCUCGGAAAUUCUUACUCCAAUUCGGGAGGCAACACGGGCUCGAGCGCUCUGGCCGAUGCCGGCCUCAACGGCAACAUGGACCUGCAAGACAACAGUGGAAACGGCAUUGGGCCGUUUGCCAUCAGCUCGGGCACCCUCAUGUCCGGUUUCGGCAGCUCCAGCGACGAGGAGGAUGAAGGUGAAGAGGAGAACGAUGAGGAUGUUAACAAUGAGGUGAGUGAUGUGCUCUCAGAGUUCCAUGAGUUGGAACCUCCCGCGUUGGACCCCUGGACGCAGUCACUCCUGGACAACAACCCCGAGUCGGACGAGGAGAAGGAUCGGAAGGAUGCGUAG